AUGGCUCAAAGAUACUCUUACACCGAGGAGCACCUCCUCUUCUUGCGCCAAUCUCCGCUAUGUGUCAAGCCACCGGGCCUUCCACCCGCUGAAGAGUGGAUGGGGUAUGCGACGAAGGCCCAAUUUCAGAUCAUACGUACAGGUUUGGCUAACCCCUCUAUUUUCUCCAGGCCACCUCCCGAAACAUUCCGCAAUCAGCCCGGAAAGGUCAACGAUGCUCGCAAAGGCGGCGACAGUCUGUUGCUGGGCCAGGAAAACCGGCGUCCGACAUUGGAUCGCAAUGCUAGCCGAACUUCAGGAUUUGCUGAUGACUUGAUUCUCGGCCCCCCGCGCAAUGCCUUCGCAUCUGCAACCGCAAUCCGCGGCGCCCGGAGCGGCGAUGCGGAUAAAGGAUCGAAGGAUCUCGACAGACCGGACCGAACCGAUCGCUUCAACUUCCGUAAUCGUACCAACGACGCGGACUCAACCGGUGACCGACUCGGUCGGGAUAAUCAUAAUCGAGACGGCAAAGAUGGCCGGAACAACAAUGGUUUCCGGCGACGUGGAGACCAGGACCAGGAUACCGAGGGCUGGAGUACCGUGAAGCCUCGCAAGAGCUUCGGCGCCGAAGGAGCCGAACGCUUUCAGGGACGUAUGGGUGGCGCUGGUACCGACCGCUUCCCAGCUCGCGACGACCGCCGGACUAGGGACCGUGAAGACCAGGAUGGUGGAAACCGCCGUACCUUCCGCCCACGUGAUCAAGAAGACGAGGACCCCGAAACACCACGGAGGAAUGGACUCACCAGAGGCAAGACCGACCCAUGGUUCAGCAAGGACAGCGGGACCGCCACUGCCACCGAGGCCUCGACAGGACAGAAGCAUAUCGAAAGAAAGAGCUGGAGAGACCGUGCCCCUCCAGAGGAAAGGCCUGCGGAAAGACACAAUGACCGCCAGGACAGAAACUUUGAAAGGCGCUGGGAUCGCCAACAGAAGGUUGAGAACGACCCGGAGUGGAUGGCCGAGCCUGCGGAAGAACCUUCUCAGGGCCGCACCGCGGACGAUUUCCGCAAGUUCAUGGAAGCUAUGAAGAGCGGACCCAAGUCGGAUGAGAAGCCCGCUUCGAUAGCUCUUGACAAGCCUUCAACUGACUCCUUUUUCGAACUGGAGCCCAAGGUGCUCUCAGCACCCGCCGUCGAGAAUAGACCCGAUAAGUUUUUUGAGGCUUUUGGAGGUACAGGCCUUGAUGCAGGCACGCCCGCUGCCGAAGCCAAGGACGCGGCCAGGCCCAAGGGAGCGAAGCCAUCACGGUUCUUGUCAUUCCUGGCGCAGCAGGAGAAUGGCCAGCCCAAAGCUGAACCACCCACCCCGGCACCAGCCGCAUCUGUUGGCGAUGGGAAACCGCCAUCGGGCGAGGCCGACAAGCUUGCUUUCCAGCAGCUUAUAGAGAAGCUCCAUAGCAGUCGUCUGGGAGGCUCAGGCAGCCCUACCCCAAAUGGACCUCCACCCCCUGGCCCUCCCCGAGAUGCCCCUGGAGGACUGUAUAAUUUGAUGCCACAGAAGAGCAAUGUGGCAUCUCCAGAGCCAUUUCAACAGUACGGAAAUGACAGGCGUGAUGAUCCCCGCUUCCGUCCUCCACCACAGCCGUCUCCUUAUGAGAUGAUGACAUCUCGCAUGGGUCUGCCGGGUCCAUCUCAUUCCCCGCCAGUCAGUCGGCCGGAGCAUGCCUUACAGGAACUCCUUUCUCAGCGCCAGAGUCAGUCCAAUCCUCGCGGGCCUCAAACACCUGGCGUGGUCAACGAAAAUACGGAAUUCUUGAUGCACCUUAUGCAGGGCCACCGGCGCGUUGAAACAAUGAGGCCUGAGCAACGGCAGCCAGAUCAGCAUUUGCCCGAACAGCUCCUCGCCCGUAUGCAACAACAGCAGCAAUCCAGCAAGCAGGGGCCUCUUCCCGGAAUGCCAGACCGUGAGCACCUUGAAUACCAGCGUGAGAGAAGCGCGUCCCAGCGUCAGCAGCAACUUCGUGGACAGCCGGGACCACAAGGCUUCAUGGAUGAGAGUCAAUUCCACCCCGGAGAUAUGAAUGCCCGCCCUCCGCAACAGCCGACACAGAUCCUGCAGCGGCCGAUGCCUCCUCCUGGCUUGGAUCACCAAAUGCAUCCUUUCCAUAUGGGUGGCCCCUCGGGCGGUGCGGGCCCGGCGCCUCAGAUGCAGCCACAACGGCCAAUGAUCCCACCUCCCGGGCUGCUCAACAGCGGUCCUCGGAAUGCCAAUGUCGGGCCCAUGCCCGGAAUGCAGUUCCCACCAAACUUCCCGCCCCCACAUGGCCCCCCAGGUCCCAGCAACUUCCCAUCUGUACCGCUACCUCCACACAUUGGCGGCCCCCCUCCUGGACCCCCUGAGGGCAUGGCAGGACCUCCCAGGCAGAUGCAACCGCCUCCGGGCUUCUUUGGCGGACCCCCGCCCCCGGGCUUCAUGGGACCUCCCGGUAUGGGAUUCCCAGGCGGUCCCGGCGCGCCGGGCGGACCGGGCGGACCAGGGCCUGAUGGUCUCGGGCCAAAUGUAAUGGGCUAUGGCGGGCUUCCCAGUCCCUUUGAUAGGAUGGAGCGGAUGGACAGAAGGGGCAUGAUGCCUCCUCCGGGAAACUUCCGCGGCUAG